CAUCAUGAGACAAAAUAAAAGGCCAUGGCCUUUUAAUAUGGAUUUUACAGAAUUGCCUCUGAGGUGGCCUUCUAUUUAGGGUGCCCUUCUAAUAUAGGGUGGCCUUCUAUUUUGGGGGGGGGUUUACAAUAAUCACUAAUUUCAUCAGUGAUUUACGAAAAUUCUUACCAGAUGAUUUUAAUCCAAUUAUCAAUAUGUUAAACACUAAUUUAUGCUAUUAUUUUCCAGCUCAUACAAAGAUAAAACAAGAUUUUCAAGUUUGGUUACUAUUAAAAAUGGCCAUACUAAAUAGUCAAAAGCGCGAGAGAGAAACGGCUAUUAAACUCUACAAUGAUUGUAUUGAGCUCAUUAAGCAAUCGAAAACAUCGUCGACAUCUGUGAAGAUUGCUGCAAUACAAUAUAGUAUUUACUUAAUUGAUUAUUCGGAGAUAACAAUACCAAAUGAUAUAUCUUUGAUAGAUUCAUUAUUAUUGGAAAACACAAUGGGUAAAUAUGUCAAUCUCAACAAGAAAAUAUUAGCAUUCAAUGAUUCAUUUCAAUGUGAUAGAGAAGAACUUAAAUAUAUAGGACAAUAUUUAUUUGAUAUUGGUGAUUAUGAUGGAGCAUCAUCGUAUUGGGAAUCUAUUUUAGAACAGCAAAAACAAUUUACAUCAACUUGUUGCCAAUAUGAUGGUUUCGCCAACUAA